UCCAUCCCCUUCUUUGCUGUCUACAUCUCUGUGCUUCUUGGCAAUGGCACUCUCCUCUACCUCAUCAAGGAUGACCACAAUCUCCAUGAGCCCAUGUACUAUUUUCUUGCCAUGCUGGCAGGCACAGAUCUGAUGGUGACAUUGACCACGAUGCCAACUGUAAUGGGUGUCUUGUGGAUGAAUCAUCGGGAGAUGAGCCACGGAGCUUGCUUCUUGCAGGCCUACUUCAUUCACUCCCUUUCCAUUGUGGAAUCUGGUGUCUUGCUUGCCAUGGCCUAUGACCGAUUUAUCGCCAUCCGCACCCCUCUGAGGUAUAACUCCAUUCUUACCAAUUCUCGGGUGAUGAAGGUGGGAUUGGGAGUAUUAAUGAGGGGCUUUUUAUCCCUUGUGCCCCCAAUUGUGCCACUCUAUUGGUUCCCAUAUUGCCGUUCCCAUGUUCUUUCCCAUGCCUUUUGCCUCCACCAAGAUGUCAUGAAGCUUGCCUGUGCUGAUAUUACAUUUAAUCGUGUAUAUCCAGUUAUUCUGGUUGCUUUGACUUUCUUCCUAGAUGCUCUGAUUAUCCUCUUCUCUUAUAUUUUAAUCCUGAAGACA